AGCCGUUUUCGAAGCCUGCCGCCCGGGCGGUUCUCUCCCGAGACGGGAUUCUAGUGUGUCAGUGACGAAUAAAACCUCGGCCGGGCGUUAUUAAACCACUACUAAGUGAUCCGUCGCCGUGGGACUAUACACACACGCGGACAAGCACGGACACGCUAGCCACUCAAUACUUAUCCCGCGGUGUCCGAUAAGUCGAGACUGUCCCGUUGCACACACACGUUUACCGUUCAUCGGCUGCAGCACAUAAACAGGGCAUAAGAGGAUUGAUCCAAAGGAUGUGAACACAUUUUCACCACACUUGAUAAACUAUAGAAAUUAAAAAUGUUCAUUUGGGCUGUCAUCGUUUUGCAAGUUAUAUUAGUGUCAGCCAACUCUGAAUCGCGGUCAUUCCAUUCGGUUUCACCUAGCUCUCAGACUAACUAUAUUAUCACAUCGAAACCAUUUACGGUUAAAGAUGAUGUAAAUGCAGGGAGUAUAAAAUGGAGACGUGACACCAUUACUGGCGCGUCGUUGAUUGGAGCUUCUGACCCGGCAAAAGUCAAAUACUCUAUUGAGUGCGCUGAUAAUAACGAAUGUGCAAGUAUCGACUUAGGUGGUUCUACUGACGCCACGUUCAAACCAUACACCCAGGAUGAAUUAAACAGAAUCCUGAAGCGUUAUGGCGAAGCUGGUCCCGAGUCUGAUUCAUCUGAUAAAGUAUUGUCAUACGACGAUAGCGGUAACCAGGAUAAAUCAAAAGCCUCGUGGAACUUAGUAGACUCACAACAGGAUCAGAAAAGUCCAUACGACGAUCGUCGAGGAUGGGUGACUUUAGAGCCUGUAGCUUGGUCUUCUUCUCAUAUUCAAAAAUGGGAGCCCAACAACAGACCGACAUGGCCUCCUCCACCACAAGACAACCCGUCACCAAGUUACUCACCGUGGACAAGUAAUCGGCCUGUGAACAGACCAAGUGUUGGUUAUCAUCAACAACCAUCACAAUCCCAGUGGACUACAGAACGUCCAUGGGUUCGUCCAACAUACGACUACUCUUCAAAUCAACCCCAACAAGCCUCUAAUUAUCAAAAACCAGCUGUCCCUCAGGGGCCGCAAAACUUCUAUGGUGGUUGGAAUAAUGCAGACCCAGAUAUAAUUACUGAUGGUAAACCUGGACAAUUCCCUGCUGAAGCUUAUCAACAUAAACCAUGGAAUGGAGAUUACGGUCAACAGUCUUAUGGACCAAGACCUUCAGAAUCAGAAGGGGAUGGUCAGUGGGUGUUGUUAUCUAGUACGAAAGGGUAUUCAAUUCCUCAUCGUCCAAAUCGGAGCUUGAACAGUAGAUCUAUGUCGAUUGAUAUGGUUAACAAAUUGGGUGAUACUGGAAGUCAGUCAGCUAGGACAAAUAGUAGAUCAGUUGAUAUGGCUAACCGUCCAAUAACAUCCAGGAGAACUGUACGGUUAAUGGUACUACCGCCAGAUAAGAACUCACAAAAUACUACUACGUCUCACAAUGGUAUGAUCGAGGUUGAUGUUUCCAGGAAAUCGGUGGAUCAAGAGCAAAGAGAAUAUGCAGCUCGAGCACUCAAAGAAAACGAUAACGACGUACAGGUGUUUUCUGAUAGGUCAGCCAAGACCAACGAUGAUCACAGAGCUGUGCUUGCGGCAGUUGGUGCUGGAAUGUUACCAGCAGCUACUAUGGCCAUGUUUUUACCGAUGAUGGUUGGGAGAAAAAGGAGAGAAAUUCCUACCAGACCUCAAGUUAUUCUGCACCAUCACGUCUUCCCUAGAUAACUCCUGAUACUACAAAUAUAAUGUGACCUUUCUUCCUUUAUAUUCCGCUCAAUGUUUAUUUAAUAUUGUUGCUGAUAUCUUAAAUAGGUAUUUUUAGAGCACUGUUAUGUAAUUACACAAAAAAUGUAUUAUUUAUUAAUUUGACUAUACUAAGAUUAAUUUAAACCUAUUUAAUUAAUUUAUUACAUAUUAUGUAUAUAAUUUAUUUUUCAUUAUGCAUACACAACAUAUUACUUCGCGGUAGAAUUAAGUAUAAAUAAAGGGGU